UUUCAGACGGCUCCAUUUCUCUAGAGACGUUGCAGAGGCAGCAUGUUAUGAAAGGAACAUUAUUGGACCAAAGCAGAGCAACACAUGGUUCCAGGUUGAGGUCAGGAUGGGGAACACCUCACCCAGGGUUCUGGUCUCACUCUUGCUGAACACACUGCUCUGCUGUGGACAAACUCUCGAUCCUGUGCUGACUGUUGAGCCCAACUGGUCGACUUUUUAUGUUGGAGAGUUUGUUACAUUUAUCUGUGACAUGAAUGAAGGACAAGACACUGACUGGUACUACCAGUUCAUAAGGAAUGGUCAACAAUUUGUUGGCUAUCAGUCAGAUAAACGGUUCAGAGUUGAUCGUCUGUAUACUGGUCAUAGUGGUGAAUUUCAGUGCUGUGGUCAAUGGAAGGGUUCAUCUGACAAUAAGUGCAGUAAAACUGUCACUGUUACUUUCUCAGAUAAACCUGGAGCCAAACUGACUGCAGGUUCAACAACCAUACCAGUAGGGGGCAGUGUGACUCUGAGCUGCUCAGUGGAGCCCUCUGCUGGAUGGAAGUACAGAUGGUUCAGGAGGACCUCAGAUUCUUCUUUUGUUGAAUUCAUCAGAAAUAAUGAAGAAAACAGAGAAAUCACUGUGACACAAGGAGGAAUCUAUAAGUGUGAUGGAAAGAGAGGAAAUCCUUCAUUCUACAGUUAUUCAAGCCAUGAGAACAAAAUUGAAAUAAUGUUUUCCAACAAGGUUUUAGUGACUCGACAACCAAACGAUUCUCAUGUCUUCAGUGGUGAGUCGAUCACUCUGACAUGUGAGGUCCAGGGAGGAGAAACUACUGAGUGGUCGUGUGAAUGGAGGAGAUCUGGGUCAAUAAUACAGAGGACAGACAGUAAAGACUGGACUUUCAUUGUCUCUGAGUCCAGCAGUGGAAACUACAUGUGUCAGUGUAGAAGCAGAGAUGACUGGCAUUCUUCAACACAGUGGAGUGAAACCAUAACAGUAACUGUAUCCAGUCCUGUCAUCUCUUCAUUUCCUGUGAUGUUGAUCGUUGGACCAGUUAGUGGAAUCGUUCUCAUUGUCCUCCUGCUCUUGUUGUGGCGCUGCAGACGGUCCAAAGAUUUGAGCUGCAUCAGGUCAUUUCAGUCUGAAAGCAGCAGCCAGAGGCCGACCACUAAUCAUGGAGUGAACCAGACUGAAAGUGAUUACAGCUUUCUGCUGCAUGGCACCACGUCUGUGUAUGAGACAAUCCAUAACCGUGGAGCCACUGGAAAUGAGAGACCUCCUGAUCCAGAAGUAGGUUCUGUUUACGUUAAUGUGAGACCAGAUAAUUACAGCUCAGCAUGAAGGUCAGAUAAACACCUGAUUGAUUAGAUUGUUACUGAUCAUUUUUUCUUCAAUUAGGAAAAUUUGCUGCCACAUUCAGCAGUUCUAAUAAGAUUUCUGUUGUUUAGUUGUGAUUUCAUGAUUUUAUCUCAUCUGUCUGUUUUUCUGUAACAGAACUUUCUUAUUCUGCCAAUGAUAACAUGCUGUUUUUUAAUUAAACUAUAAUGUGGCUCCAGUUUCUGUCUUGGACUCUGGUUUAGGAUAAAUAAUAUCAUCUUUCAUUUCAAGUCUUUAUAGUCCGGUGGGUUUAUUUUACAUUUUUAAAGCAGAUGUAGCUGGUUGAGAAACUGUUUUAAAAAAUAAUAAUAAUAAUGCACGCCUUA